AUGCUGGACGCUUCAAGAAGCACCCUCGACAAGUUCACGUCGCAGAACCCGCAGCAGAUCAUGGAGGGGCUGUCGGACUUGGCGAGCAAGUCGCGGGACGAGUUGUCGGCGCGCUUCGUCGCGCUGCAAGCCACGGUGGAGUCGUACUCCAAAGUGGACAUCACGAACCACGUAGUGUCCCACGUGGUCGAUAGCGUGCGGCCCAAGAACCUGGCGGAGUCGCUGAGCGAAGGCAGUUCGAGCAUCCAGGAGACCGUCGCGGGGUACACCAAGUCCGUCAAGGACAUGCUGCCGAUGGACCGCAUUUACGAGCUCCUCGCCUCCACCUUCGACGUCUCUGCCAAGCUGGACCAGCUCAAGGCCAUUCGCAUUCAAGACAUUUCCCCCGGCAAGACCAUCCAGGACCUCACUGAGUUCAGCGACCUCUCCGGCGCCUACGAAACGCUGCGCCAGCGCGUCCGCUCCGUCCUCGAGCCUGUUGUCCACGCCGUCGCCUCCAUGGAGCUCAACCAGAAGUUCACUGACUUCACCCACCGCUUCUGA